GAUCAUUACAAUUCAAUGGCUUCCACUGCAUUUCCAAAGCUCUUCCUUCUUUUGCUUGCUAUUGCUUCAGGGGUAAAAUUGUCAAAGUGUACAAAUAUCACCAUUAUAAACAAUUGCAAAGAGACCGUAUGGCCAGGAAUAACGACCAACAACAACGACAGCGGCGACGGUUUCGCGCUAAAACCGGGCCAAUCCGCCGUGUUCGCCGCUCCGUCCGGCUGGAACGGCCGGAUAUGGGGCCGGACCGGCUGCAACUUCGACAAAAGCAACGGCAGCAGCAGCAGCCCCUGCCAAACCGGCAGCUGCGGCGGCGCUCUAAAGUGCUCGGGAACCGGGCAGCCGCCGGCAACGAUCGCCGAUUUCACUCUCGGCGAGACCGAUUUCUACGACGUUAGCCUCGUGGACGGCUUCAAUUUGCCGAUCGUGGUGAAGCCGGUCAACGGCAAGGGGAACUGCAGCGCCGUCGGAUGCGACAAGGACUUGAGGGAGAACUGUCCGUCGGAUCUGGCCUUGAAGUCCGGCGGCAAGACGGUGGCGUGCCGCAGCGCGUGCAACGUGUUCAACACCGACGAGUAUUGCUGUCGCGGCGCGUUCAGUAGUCCGGCGUCGUGUUUGCCUACCAACUAUUCCAAGAGCUUCAAGGCCGCGUGCCCUAUUGCUUACAGCUUCGCCUUUGAUGACCCUACUAGCGUCAUCACUUGCUCUGCUACUGAUUAUGUUGUGUCGUUUUGUUCAUCCAGAAAUCAGACACAGUGCACAUUCCAUGAUAAGAAUGUAUCCUGCAGUAGUGAUGCAAAAGGGAUGGCACCUUUCUUCAAACCGUGGCAGAUGUUGCUGGCGGUUGCUCUUCCGACCACAGUGUUCAACCUCGGAGUUCUGCUCUGACAUUAAAUUCUGUACAGUUUCAGAUUGUCGGACGAGUUAUGGACUAUGUUUUGUUCUGUUACAUUUAUUUUGAUAAUAGAUAAAAAAAAAAUGUGACAAUUCAUCUCAUUUGAUUAUGGUCUUUUGUAAUUGUGUUCAUUAGAUAGCGUUAGAGAACCGAAAUUGAGUUUGUUACUAUAAGUUAGGUCACGUUAGAAGCAUUUGAUCUACACUCUCUUCGCA